AUGCGGGGACGCCGAAAUCCCCUAAAACGCCACCUUCUCGGCAGACCCCCAGGAGUCGACCCAUCAGUACGCCAGAGCUGCCUCAGCGGUGACCACCUUCUCCCCGCAACACAUUUUUCCCUUCUUCAUAAACGGCCCAUGGCAAACGAAGGCUCAGGGGGCAGCCGCCUGCCCCUGGCGCUGCCCCCGGCUUCCCAGGGUGGCUCGUCAGGAGGUGGUGGCUCCUCGGCGGGGGGCUCGGGAAAUCCCCGACCUCCACACAACCUCCAAGGCCUGCUGCAGAUGGCCAUCACUGCGGGUUCAGAGGAACCAGAACCCCCUCCAGAACCCAUGAGUGAGGAGAGGCGUCAGUGGCUGCAGGAAGCCAUGUCGGCCGCCUUCCGGGGCCAGCGGGAAGAGGUGGAGCAGAUGAAGAGCUGCCUCCGAGUGCUGUCCCAACCCAUGCCUCCUGCAGCAGGCGAGGCUGAACUGGCCGCUGACCAGCAGGAGCGUGAGGGGGCCCUGGAGUUGCUAGCCGACCUGUGUGAGAACAUGGACAAUGCUGCAGACUUCUGCCAGCUGUCAGGCAUGCACCUGCUGGUGGGCCGGUACCUGGAGGCAGGGGCCGCGGGGCUACGGUGGCGGUCAGCACAGCUCAUUGGCACAUGCAGUCAGAACGUGGCAGCCAUCCAGGAGCAGGUGCUGGGCCUUGGCGCCCUUCGCAAGCUGCUGCGGCUGCUUGAUCGGGACUCCUGUGACACGGUGCGCGUCAAGGCCCUCUUUGCCAUCUCCUGCCUGGUCCGGGAGCAGGAGGCUGGGCUGCUGCAGUUCCUCCGCCUAGACGGCUUCUCAGUGUUGAUGCGGGCCAUGCAGCAGCAGGUGCAGAAGCUUAAGGUCAAGUCAGCAUUUCUGUUGCAGAACCUGCUGGUGGGCCACCCUGAACACAAAGGGACCCUGUGCUCCAUGGGGAUGGUCCAGCAGCUGGUGGCCCUUGUGCGGACAGAACACAGUCCCUUCCAUGAGCACGUGCUUGGAGCCCUUUGCAGCUUGGUGACAGACUUCCCCCAGGGCGUGCGUGAGUGUCGGGAGCCUGAGCUGGGUCUGGAGGAGCUCCUCCGCCACCGAUGCCAGCUGUUGCAGGAGCAUGAAGAGUACCAGGAGGAGCUGGAAUUCUGCGAAAAGCUGCUACAGACCUGUUUCUCCAGCCCGACGGAUGACAGCAUGGAUCGGUGAAACCUAGUGACUUUUUGCCUUCCUCUCUGUGGGAACCCGUCCUCCUGCCUCCCUCCCCACCCACAAGGUCCUUUCCCAAGGGAUCACACAGUCUUAUUGGUGCCUGCACCCUGGGCAUGCCAGCCCACCUUUGUGCAGCCCCCUGUAGGGGGUGCUGAGAAAGGCACCAGCUUUGGACCCCACCUCUCACACUCUCUCACACUUAUCCCCCUUCUCAUUUCCACACUGCUCUUCCAAUAAAAGUGUUUCUCCUCCACCUCCUCCUUCACUGCUGCCUCUGUCACCUCCUCUGGAAGGUGCAUGAAGGGCAGGAGAGGCACAAGCUUAGGGUACUUGGGGUGCCACUGGAGUAAUAAUAAAAGUGUUGCUCUUUAUCAUCCACAAA